UGCACAUAUUACAGAUAACCUCUGUGAUCUGUGUUUAGCUGCUCCCAAAUUUUGUUUAUAUGGUUUAUGCUGCUGCCAGUUAAAAAACACAUACUUAAUUAAGCCUCAAAAAACUCUUCCAGGUACUGAACAAUGCUUUUUAAUUGGCAAAACGGUACAUUUUCACAUUCAAGUUCAAGUACACUUAAAUCUGUACAUUAGCCACAUUUCAUUCACAUACAUUCAUAUUUGCAUGUUUCAAGUACAUUAAUCUGCUAAGGUACUUCAAACAGCUCCUGCUGAUAAAACUGUUCAUUGUCAGUACUCAGCACUCCAAGCGUCCAAUUUACUUGAAAAUCAGAAGCAUGAUUUGGUCAGCAACAUCCCCCAAAAUAGCCCUGGCACUCUGCUUCUUGAUUGUGGGGCUCUGCGAGGCUGUAGACGACCCCACGAUUGUCUGGGCACGAAUUGAAUCUUGUGCAGGCUGUAGUCUGAAGCGUCUCAUCCAAGUGCGAGACUUUUUGAACGUGGAUGUGCCCAAGUAUGAGAACGUCGAAUGGAAGAAAAUCCAGGGAGCGCCUCCAGAGAUCAUCUUCUUCAACGAGGCAGAUCAGGAAGUGGAGAGAGAAAAACUGGAAAGGUACACCAGAAAAGAGUGCAAUGAACUGUUGGUCAGCAAGGGCUUCCAGAAGAAAAAGGAGUUCAAGGAGCAAAUAGAUCAGGAGCUGUAAAUUUGAUGUGGGAAAAUAAAGGCAUCGGUUUGAUGAUCGGUUCUAUGAAAA